CGUACACUUCAUUGUCCUUCAUUGUCCUUCUACAGUGCGAAGAUGGCAAAAGCAAUGGCGACCGCUGUAGAACUGAUGAUUUUUAUUCUCUUAUUAUCCUUUGGCGGUCAAAGUCACGGCCGUCCUUACCAGCCUCUGUCGUGUAGCAAGAAUGAUGACCAAAUUGUUAUCACAGGAGGGCCUAUGAAAUUGGUAUUCAACAUACACACAUGGCAAAUGACGCUGGAUAGCAAUUCACAAAGAAUACUGACAAGUGUGGAUCAGCAUUGGGGAGUUUUAGGAGUGACCACUUGGACGGGCAUUGAUAUUCGGAUAUAUAAUGGAUAUUCGUGGCGACUGACCCAAGAAAUAGAAAGGUUUGUCGCCCAGGAACUUUUGUCUUGGACAUUGUCACAGGACAAAACCCAAGUUACAAUGAAAAUCAGCUCCAAUUCAAUCAAGGGCUACAUAUUCCAUGUCACAGUUGGUAAUUUCACUCUAUCUCAAAUUGGUCUGAAAGUGGAACUCUUCGAAAAAGAUGGUUCUCGGAUAGUUCCAGAACCAAGGAACCCAGCAUGCCUUGACGACGCAAAAGCAGCUGGAGAUAUCGUUUACGACUUACUGCUGAAAAAUCGAACAGCAGAGGACAUAUGUGAACAGGUGAAAUUCUGUCAAAAGAACAGCACCAGGACAGUACAAUGUCAGUUGUGUGUAGGCGCUGUUGACAAAGCUGGACAACUAAUUUUAGAAUUCAUACCGAAUCCAAAGCAAAAUUUGGAGGAAACGUUCAUGUCUACGUGCGAACUUACCGGCCAACUUCGCAUAGAUCUGGGGUUUCAAGCCCGGGAUAAAAACGAGGGUUUCUACGGUUUUGGUGUGCGUUAUAAUGCUGUGAACCAAAGAGGAAAAUCGCUGUACUCAUGGGCAGAGGACGGGGGCUGGAGUCUUCGUGUUGCUCCAAAAGAGCGCCUACCCACGCUCAAUCCAACAGAAACAUAUGCACCCAUGCCGUUUUUCAUAUCAGCUUACGGAUAUGGCAUGUACCUCAAUACUACGUUCAGAUCAACUUGGGACAUGUGCGAGACCCACAGAAAUGAUUACCUCAUCAAUGUUGAAAAUACGGUCUUUGACCUUACAAUAUAUAUAGGCAGACCCAGCGAUAUUCUGUCCAUCCACUCUUAUUUUGCAGGGCGGGCACCUGUUCCGCCGCCCUUUCAGUUUGGCCCGUGGUUAACAGCUGCUGAUGCACUGCGUAUAUCUGGACCAAACAGGACGAUAAGAGCGGCAGAGAUCCUAAGAUUGCGCGACAUCCCGUUUACAAUCGAAUACGACGAAAUCCGGUUCUUUCCCCUUGGGGAACAACGAGGACAUGAAAGUGAAAUUCUUGCUACCAACAAAGCUCUUCGCGAUCUUGGCAUCUAUGCCCUGGCUUACUACAAUAGUAUGCUGGUCACUGACUACAGUCCAUUAUACAACGAAGCAGUUGCUAACAACUAUUUAGUUAAAUUUAGGAACAAUACGUACACCUUUACCUUUAAGACAAAGACUACACGUGUUCUGAAGGUUGGGCUGUUGGAUUUCACAGCACCUGGGGCUGUCGACUGGUUCGGAAAACAGUUACAGGUGGCUCUAAAUUUAGGGUUUGUGGGAUUUAUGGUAGACUAUGGAGAAAAUGUUGAUCCAGAAUGUAGUUUUAGCAAUGGCAUGACAGGAAGAGAAAUGCACAAUCUGUACCCAGUCCUUUACCAGACUGCUGUCAAAACAAUCCUCAACCGCUUAUCAAAUGAGUCAAACUUUCGUGCUUUGCCACCAGGUUACUACGCACCGCCGUAUACACCAUUUUUUCGUUCAGGUUACCUUGGUUCUGGUGCCGCAACCUGGGCCCACUGGACUGGAGACCCAAUGUGUGACUGGUCCCAAGACUCAGGUCUGCCUGCCCAGGUGCACGCCAUGUUGAGUGGGAGCCUAUCAGGCAUACCCUACAUUGGCUCAGACAUUGGAGGCUUUGUCUGGAUAGAACCCCCAAGCAUGGAGCUCUGGAUAAGGUGGACACAGGUGGGAACGUUCUCUGGUCUAAUGCGCUCCCAGCAAGGGGGGAGUUCACUCUCUGGAAAACCUAAAACUCAAAUCUUCGAUUGGCCCGAGGGAGAAUUUGCCUGGAGAAAGCAGAGUAAACUUAGAAUGGCUCUUUUCCCCUAUAUCUACAAAGCGGCACACUUUGUUCAAGAUGGUGGCAUACCAAUCAUGAGGCACCACAUUCUCAGUUUUCCGAAUGAUCCAGUUGCCAUCAGUCAUGAUGAACAGUUUAUGUUUGGUGACGCUUUUCUUGUGGCCCCCGUUCUGAAAGAACGAGCCAUUUCGCAAAUCGUUUAUCUUCCAAGAGAACCGCCUAUAGGGAUGUCUAAGACUGAGUGGAUAGAUUUUAAUUAUGCAAUAUAUGACAAUGCAACAAAUGGACGUUUCCGUAUCGGUACAGGGCCAUUCCUAGAUUGUGGUCAAACCAAGUUAGUGAGCGCUCCCUUGGAAACAAUACCUCUUUUCGUUAAAGCAGGAUCUGCUAUUCCAACAUUGGAUCCGUCUGUGAUGACACUAGAAAACCACGCAGUAUCAUUGACAUCCCCGCCAAACAGUAUCAACCCCCUACACUGGUGGGUGUGGCCAAACUCGACGUAUGCGGCCAGUGGAGAACUGUGGGACCAAUCUUUGGUCUCGAUGGUUCCAACCAGUGAUCCUUUCAACAAAACCAGAGUAAGUGCACGUGUGCACAUUACAGACACAGUAGGGCGUUUAAUGAUAUUACAAAUAGCAGUUAAUGCUCAGUCGGCAAUGGUAACCGGUGAAGGUACAGAUACCUUUGUUCAUGUAAAAAACUGGGACAUGCUCGUUAAUACAGAUGUAGAUAAAGAUCCGAAGUGCGCGUUUUCUUACGACACGGCUCAGCAUGUUCUUUGGGUACGUGUGUCAACCCACUGUAAUGAAACUGGACCACCGCCAGUGUGGCGUGAGUUUGAUGUAUUGUUUGUCUUAUAGUUUUAAAGGUAUAAAUUGACUUUUAUGUGCCGGUUUAAUUUUAAUUAUUUUACAUUACGUGAUCCACUCAUUACUUGUGGUUAUGUAUUUAAGUCCUUAAUAAUAAUAAAGCU